AUGGCCGCUACAUCAAAUACUAAUAUGUCAACUAAAGUCAUUCGUAUACAAGAUGAUGAAAAAGUAUUAUUAUUUCAAUUACGUGAAAUUUAUGGUAAUGAUUAUAAAAAGUAUGGUGAAUAUAUCAAACGAGAAUCAAAUGUACCAUUAACAAUAAAAAAAAUUUAUAAAUUAUUAGACGAACGUAAAGCUUAUCGACGUAUUUCAGAUUAUUUUCAUCGUGAACGUGCAGCGAAAAAAGCAAAAGAUCCUCGUUUAAAUGGUAUUAAUGGAUCUUAUACUCGUUCGUCAACACGUGGUAUUACUCAAGUACCGGAACAAAUAUCUUCACUCAAUAUUGAUCAUGAAAUGGAUGAUGAUGAUGAAAUAAACAACAAUGAUGAUGAAGAUAAUCACACAGGUACGGAUAAUGAUCAACAACAACCAUCAAGUCCAACAAUAACAAACGGAAGUGAUGAAAAUAAUGAAAUAAAUCAUAUAAUGCAUGAUGAUGAUGAUCAACAACAAAGUCGACAUGCACCAAUAAUUACUUCAACUCAUCAACGAAAACGAAUAUUACCAUUGACAAAUCAUCGACGUCCAAUGCCUUCAUCUACAAUGAAUGGAAAAUCUGAUUUAUUUUCUGUACGUGCACAUUUAGAAAAAGCUUUACAUGAACUUGAUCGUGCUCUUAUAUCAAAAGAUGAAUAUAAUAAUGAUGAUGAACAACAUCAGUCUCUUCUAACAAGAAAUCAUUUAUUAACAAAUGGUCAUCGUCAUUCAAAACUAGAUGAUAUUGUACGUUCCUUAUCAAAUGUUGUUAAUCAACAACAAGAAAAUGCUCGAUUAAUUAUUGAUGAAUCAUCCGUUUUAUUAGUUGAUGAUGAACAAAAAGGUGAUCAACAUUCAGUAAGAUUAUCAUCAACAACGCAAGAAUCGAUUAAAAGUGUUCUUGAACGAUUGAAUGCUCUUGUCGAUCGGGGUAAUUCAAUUUAUGAUCGAGUAGAAAGUAUUCUAUCUGAACUUUGA